UAUUUUGCCAGCCACUUCAUCAUGGGAGGAGAGAAGUUUGACUCCACACAUCCAGAAGGUUACCUGUUUGGCGAGAACAGCGAUCUGAACUUCCUGGGGAACAGGCCCGUGGUGUUUCCUUAUGCUGCCCCACCUCCCCAAGAACCAGUGAAGAUUCUGAGAAGCUUGAUCAACAUCCGAAAGGACACGCUACGGCUUGUCAAAUGCGCUGAGGAAAUCAAAAGCCCGGAAGAAGAGACUGGUAAAGCUAAGGUCCACUACAACGUCGAGUUUACCUUUGACACGGAUGCUCGGGUGGCCAUCACCAUCUACUAUCAAGCCACUGAGGAGUUCCAAAAUGGUAUCGCCAGCUACAUUCCAAAAGACAACAGCCUGCAAUCAGAGACUGUGCACUACAAGCGAGGGGUGUGCCAGCAGUUCUGCCUGCCCUCUCACACCGUGGACCCCUCGGAGUGGGCCGAAGAGGAGCUCAGCUUUGAUCUGGACCGAGAGGUUUACCCUCUGGUGGUGCACGCUGUGGUGGAUGAAGGCGACGAAUAUUUCGGCCAUUGCCAUGUAUUGCUGGGUACGUUUGAAAAGCACACAGAUGGGACUUUCUGUGUCAAGCCCCUCAAACAGAAGCAGGUGGUAGAUGGGGUCAGCUACCUCCUUCAGGAGAUCUACGGAAUAGAAAACAAGUACAACACACAGGAUUCUAAGGUGGCCGAGGAUGAAGUGAGCGACAACAGUGCCGAGUGUGUGGUGUGUCUCUCGGAUGUCCGGGACACCUUGAUCCUGCCCUGCCGCCACCUCUGCUUGUGUAACACCUGUGCGGACACCCUGCGCUACCAGGCCAACAACUGCCCCAUCUGCCGGCUCCCCUUCCGGGCACUGCUUCAGAUCCGAGCCAUGAGGAAAAAACUGGGCCCCUUGUCCCCAACCAGCUUUAAUCCCAUCAUCUCCUCUCAGACAUCUGACUCUGAGGAACACUCGUCCUCAGAGAACAUUCCACCAGGUUAUGAAGUGGUGUCUCUUCUGGAAGCCCUCAACGGGCCUCUCACCCCGUCCCCAGCGGUUCCUCCACUUCAUGUGCUUGGAGACGGCCACCUCUCAGGAAUGCUGCCUUCGUACGGCAGUGACAGCCACCUGCCCCCCGUCAGGACACUGUCCCCCCUUGACCGCCUGUCUGACCGCAGCAGCCAAGGACUCAAGCUCAAAAAGAGUCUCUCCAAAUCUGUUUCCCAGAAUUCUUCCGUGCUUCACGAAGAGGAAGACGAGCACUCCUGCAGCGAGUCAGAGACCCAGCUAUCUCAGAGACCCGAGGUUCAGCAUCCCGGGGAGGAAUGUGGUGUGACCCCAGAAAGCGAAAAUCUCACCCUGUCUUCAUCAGGGGCUAUCGACCAGUCGUCUUGCACAGGGACUCCGCUCUCCUCCACCAUUUCCUCCCCUGAAGACCCCGCCAGCAGCAGCCUGGCCCAGUCGGUCAUGUCCAUGGCCUCCUCCCAGAUCAGCACUGACACAGUCUCCUCCAUGUCCGGCUCCUACAUCGCGCCUGGCAACGAAGAGGAAGGAGAGGCUGUCCCCUCGCCGCAGGGUGCCAGCAGAGCCCCCUCAGAGGAAGACGAGGGGACGCCGGCAGAGUCUCCAGAUAGCAAUUUCGCUGGCUUCCCGGCAGAGCAGGAUGCAGAGGGAAAUGACGUCAUAGAGGAAGAGGAUGGAUCUCCCAUGCAAGAAGAUGGCCAGAGGACAUGCGCAUUUCUAGGUAUGGAGUGUGACAAUAACAAUGACUUUGACAUCGCAAGCGUGAAAGCACUGGACAAUAAGCUGUGCUCUGAGGUCUGCUUACCUGGUACCUGGCAGGCUGACAAUGUUGUCAGCCACCGGAACAGCCAGCGCCGGCGCUUAUCAUCCAGCAGCCUGGAGGACCCCGAGGAGAACAGGCCCUGUGCGUGGGGUCCGCUGGCUGUCUGAGAACACCCACCCCUGUAUCUAGGCCCCUCCUGUGUGCAUUCCAUCCAUCCUCACUGGACCACUGGCCUCCUGGGCGUCCUCCAC